AUGGGGAAAAGAAAGAGGAGGUCCGAUAACAAGAAAACACCACCACCUCCAGACUUGGCACAAUGUGAACCCACGGUGGAUCUCACGUCUGAGCAGAGAUCUUCUGAACCGGCUGAAAGCAAUGCAACACUACGCCCUCCGUCCUUUAUGGAAGCUUUGAAUAACUCUAUUAAGAAAUCCCCUCUCGAUCAAAACCAUGGUCCCACUUCUCAUUUGUUAUUGUCGAGAACUUCUCGUCAUACAUUGGGCCGCCAUUAUUCCAGACGAAACUUGAAUAUCACUUCCGACGCAUCCCCUUCCAACUCCAAGGGCCCUCCUCCAUAUGAUCAUAAGUUGUCAUUCAUUCUAGACAGACAGGACAUUUCAGACUCCCCAUAUAGUGACAGCCGAGGCCGAAUAUUCGUGAAACCUGAGAGGAUAAGGUCGAACUCAUUUGCUCAGAAUGGGGAAUUGCGUAAAAUGGAGUGUAGGUUAUGUAACAAGCGUCUAAGGAAGCAUCCCUUUGUGAUCGAUAAUUCAAUCUCGUCCAGUGAUCUUUCUGUUGUGGCAGUUUUAGUGUGUGGCCACGCUUAUCAUGCAGACUGCCUGGACCAGAAAACUGAUCAGGAAGAAAAGCACGACCCUACUUGCCCGCUUUGUGUAUGCCGGACAUAA